GCGGCUCGGGCGGAGGGCGCACGGUGGCACAGGCCGGGACAGACAUUCAGCUCAGGGCAGUUCUCGGCCGGAGACGCCAGCGGGACUGCGAGGGGCGGGAUUGGCCCUGCGCCCCGCCCUGCCGGCCUCCUGCCGCCGCUCUUCUUUGCCGCGGGCGGCGGGGAUAACGAGAGGCGGCGGAGUGGCUUUCGCUGUUCUGCUUGGCGGGGCCGCAGCUGGCGGCACAGCGAGCCAGCCUUCCCUCUGAAGGGUCUUGAGCCGGAAACAUCUUUGAAUAUUCGCCGCGGAGGUAGAAAUAAUAGUAUUCGAAAUCAACGCAGGUGUGAGAUACCUCCUCCCGGCUACCUUGCCCGGAAAGGGUCGGACUAGUUUUGUCCCCUGGUAUGUCGCAGCCGGGCUGGUGACCUGAGAUUGCUGACCAUCCUCCUGUUCCUUCCGAGCUAGCCCUGCUCUCCCUCCCCGCGGGCAGGGCUGCGGAGGCCUUACCGCUGCUCAGGGACUUGGAAAAGUUCGUGCCUCCAGAGGCCUUCCCGCUUCUGCUUGGAAAAGUGUUACCCCUACCUCUUCAGAAAUUUUGGUUCGGAUAUUGGGUGUGUUUAUCCCCUACACGCAGGAGGUUUGAGUUGUUUUACUUCAUAGGACUCCCUUAUCAGCAUGAAGAUAGGAGUUGAUCAGGUUUUUAGAAAAUCUUGCUCUUGAAUUGACUUUUUUUUGAAUGGCCUUUCAUCUUACAUCUUGACAGCACUUUGCUUCUGAAGAACUAUUUAUACAGUUGAUUUUUUUUUUUUUCACUUCUAGUGGGAGGUCUCCAUGUUUUGCAGUUAAACCAUAUGUGUAGUUUUGUAGUGGUGGGGAAAUGGUAGCAAUUUACUGAGUUUUCAAUCAAAAAUCUAAACUUACUGUAACUCUGUUUCAUAAUCUCCAUUUAAGAUACGUGAGUGUCCUGUUAAUUGUGAUGUUAAAAAGCUAGUUCAUGUUGUAUGGGAAAUAUACCAGCAACAAAAUAUAUACAUAAAAAUAAGUGAGUGGUCUGACUAACUCUUGAGAUAGUUCAGGUAUAUAAGUUUGCUUGUUUAAUUUUGUUUUCAUACACAUUAUUUUCAGUGGUAAUACUGGUAUCAAAAACUUCACCUGGCCAACAUGUCCAGGUAUUCUAGAACAUUUUAUCAAGUUGUUUUUAGUUAGCCAACUUCUGUCAUUGGGAUAGAUACCUACUUUAAACCUCUAGCUUCUGUUUUGCUGCAUACCUGUUUGGGAAUUCUCUUUAAUCAGAUUAAGGGCAUUGAGGGUAUUUGGCUGUUAGCUUCUUGUAAAGCAGUCAUUUGAAUGAGGAGAGACUUCUUGAGCUGAAAUAUGAUUAGUGAACAAGUGGUAACAAUGACCCUAUCCUUGGACAGAUAGUGUAUUUUUAGGGUUUUCAUAGUUUUCUAAUCUGUUACUUCUAUUUUAGAAUGCUUUAGAAAAGGAAGACCUGACACCUGAAUUGACUAUCAAAUAAAUGGUUAUUCCUGAGCAGGAUGAGAGUGGAGUUGCUGAAUGUGUUGUGGUGAAAAUGCCGUUCCCUUCUUGUAAAGAGUGUAGCUUGAUGAUUUUGGUGAACAGUGACUCUGUGACAUUCAUCCAAGGUAUAGAAGUUUGAGUAGCGGCCGUCGCUGAAUGACUCAGUGUUUUUUUCUUUUCUUUUUUUCCUGCAGUUUGUAAAUCCCUGUGAAAGGCAUAUAGGAAGUUUGUGGUCAGCCGGCUUGAGUUCAGUGCCCAAACUUUAAAUCUCCAAUGGAAAAAUAUUUGUUUGAUUUUUUUUUUUAACUUGCAAAUUUGAAAGGAAGAACGUCUCAGACAGUGUUGCUGCGGAGGAUGAUAAGAAAUCUGCAUGCUCUGUUUUGUGACUGUGUACAGUUCCUUGAGCCCUGUGUACAGGGUGUCUGUGCAACUUUGAAAGCAUAAAGGUUGCUGCUGGCUAUAGCUGGUUCUCACCAUGGGGCUGUGAAUAGUGGUACUUGUAAGUAAGAUCCUGCUGUGAGUAAGAACAAGCUGGAUUUAUCUUUCAAAGAUAAUCACUACUGUGUAUUAACCAUUUAUAAGAUGAAAACUGAAAGGUUUUGACUCACUUUUUUCUGCACUCCAUUUCUGCCCACUCAAAAAAAUGGUCACCUUUAUUUUUGGAAGACCGGGCACACAAAUGUUUGCUCUCUGAUUCACUCUUUUAAGAAUUACUUAUUUUUCCAGUUUCAUUUAUUUAUUUUUAAAAUAAAAUUCAAGUUCUAAUACCUUUUAGUCUGAUUUAGUUGUAUCUGGGUAUACCUAACUAACUUGUCAAUGGAAGAUGUUUUGAUUAACUUGUUUGGUUAAUACACUGUGCUUUAAUUCAGGCAGUCAGACAUAGGAAUUUCAUGAUAAUAGUGGAAAAAAACCACAGUGAUUUCUUCAGAAGCUCACUGGGAGGUUGGAAAAGAGUUUGCAAUAGGUGGGGAAAGCAGCACUGUCUGAGGGGCUCCCUUGGUAUGGAAGAAGUUUCCCCAUUCUGGUCCAGUCUGGUUGGGAUGGGAUUGUGUGACCUCUAUGCUGUGCAUUAGCCCUUAGGUCCUUGUUGGGACUUUUUCUUUUUUUCUCUUUUUUUUGUCUCUUGUCUCUGGUUUUUGCAGGGGCUUCAGUAAGGCUUUGUCCUUACUCAGAGUUGCAAGUACUCAGACCUCCAAGAAGCUGUGCCUUCAAUUUUCGGUGGCUGCUUUGGCUGUGGUCUGUCCUUAGAUGCUGCUCUGGCUUAUACUGGCUUUGUACCACGCAGUGGCUGGAUGGUGGAGGAGGUGGUUGGUAGGCAGGUGUGCUGGUGGGGGGUAAGGGAACAUUUUUCCUACACUGUCUGCUGUGUUUCUAUUGAAUUUUUCACCUUUUCUGGUUGUUUCUGCUUGAUGGGUCUUAAGGAAGUACCCAGAGCUGAACCCUGGUGAGUAGAGAGACUUGGCUUUCCUUCUGGGAGUCUGAAAUGCACCAUUUUGUUUUGUCUUUAGAACUAGUGUAUUCGUCUUGAGGCUUGGUUGGCAACGUUGCUGCUUAUCUAUAGUAAAAGAUUGCUGGAUACCAGAUAUCCUACUUCAGCUGAGUACCGCAAAAAGAAAGAAUUGCUUACUGUGGGAAGGAAAAGUAUGCUGUGUGUUAAUUUGCUUGAAUAUCUCGGUCUAAAACAUCUCCUCAAUGAAGUACCACUAGAUUGGAAAAGCAGAAGGAUGGAAUCUUCUGUUCAGAAGUCAGGAAUUUUACGAAUAUGCUUGUUUUUACAUCUGCCACGGACAUUGUUGGAUUUCGUCUUCAGUAAAAUUGCUUUCUUACCCAUAAGAUCAGAAACUUAUUUGAAAUCCAACUCAAAUAACUGUGCCAGACCAGAUGUUUCCUGGAAAACAGCCCGUGCAAACAGGUUUUCAUGUAGAUGUGCUUAUUGAGCUGAUUUGCUUAUCUCUCUUCCAGAAUAUGUGAGUAUGUGUACCCAUGUCAGAAAGUUAAACAAUUUUUAUUUUUUAAACUAACAAGAGAGGGAAUAUUGAUAUUGCAGCUGAGAAAAAGUUUUGGGUCUGCAGUGUGUGAACAGAAGAGCCUUCUGUGUCUUUCAUGCCUUUCUUCUUCGUUUUGCUUUUCCUUCUGUUCACUAUAAAAAUAUAUUCCUAAUUAAUAUAAAUUAUUUAUGGGUAAACAACACUGCUGUUUUCUAGAAAGAGCAAUGUACUGAAGUCAAACAUGCUUUAGUGAAACCAGCACUUAUUUGCCUGUUUGUUUUUAACGGGUGGAAAAAGCAGAAAAACAGAUGCUGCCGGAUUUGUCUACUGUUUAGGUGUAUUGGCAUUUUUUAGCAUGGCUUUGUGCCUGUGCUUUAAGCUGCAUGGAGAACUCAUCAUUCUUUCCUUGAAUAAUAUGGUUGCUUUACAUCUGAAAAUUUUUGAACUAAACAGCUAGUCCCAUAUAUUUAUCUAGUAGAUAACUACAGUGCAAGCUGUUACUGCUGAUAAUGUGAACUGUUUUCUCUGUUUCUGACAGCUAUGAGGAAAAUACCAGUUAUUUUAUUCAAGUCUCCCUUAGAAUGAAUCACUGCAUCUUGGCAGUGCUCUUUGAAGUUUUUCCAUGUGUCAGGUGUACCUACUAUUACAGCAGACAACAAGAUACAGAUGACUUCAUAAUGGGUUCUGACAGACCUUUUUUGAAAUACAGUAUUGUAUUCUGGUUUCCCUACUGGCUGUGAUUCUUCAGAUUUGUUCAUUUCUUCAAAUGGUAGGACUAGGAAACAGCUGUCGUGGGAUGAAGUCUCCACCACUCCUCGUGGCUGCGCUUGUGGCGUGCAUAAUUGUUUUGGGUUUCAAUUACUGGGUUGCAAGUUCUCGCAGCAUGGAUCUGCAGGGUCGCGUCAUGGAUCUGGAAGGCAAAGUCCGCAGGGCAGCAGCGGAGAGGGGUGCUGUGGAACAAAAAAAGAAUGAAUUCCAAGGGGAGCUAGAGAAGCAGCGACAGCAGAUUGACAAAAUCCAGUCCUUGCACAGCUUUCAGAUGGAAAAUGCGAACAGAGCACAUCAGGAAGAGAAGGCAGUGCUGAUGAGUAACAUCACAGUAAAUGAUCGGCUGAUUCAGAGUCUACGAGAACACUUGAAAGAGUUGCAGACGGAAUAUGGAAAGCUACAGCUGGAUGUUUACUGGUUUCAGAAGAACCAGACUAACCUUCAGAGGAAGUUCUCAUAUGAUCUGAAUAAACUGCUGUGUUGCCUCUCUGUUCAUCUGCCUUGCCAGGAAGGGGCAUUAGACCUGAUUAUGUGCUUCUUUGUUUUACCUGGAUUUGCAUGGAUGAAGGUUUUGCACCUUAGCAGCUCACAGUGCAUCAACCAGAUGAAAGAAUUAAAAGAACAAUGUGAAGAAAGGAUAGAUGAACUUAGAAAAAAGAAUAGUGAUGUACCACAAAUCAAAGAAAACAAAGACGUCGCAGAAGAUAGCCGGGCUGAUACUCAACUGCCAGCCUUGAAGCAAGCAGGGUUCAAGCAAGAUGACUUGGAACAGCAGAAAACCAAUGAAAAUAUUCCUAAAGCAGUACCUACAGUAAGAAAGACAGACCUGAUGCAGGUUAAAGAAAGAACAGACAGCCUAACUGACAUGAGAAAACAGGAGCCUAAGGCAGAAGAGGAGCAGCUUUCUAAUCAGUUGGAAAAACCUCAAGAGUUGCUCAAGGCUGCUGCAGGUCACAAGGAGAUGCUGCCUGUGUCAGAGAAGGAACCAAAAGCACCUGAGAAUGAGAAACAUGUAGCUGGGCAAGAUAUGUCAGAGCCAGCUGCAGAGCAGGCUGCCAGUGAGGAAGUUGAGCGGGAACAGUUCCUAAGUUAUGAUGAUAAGCAGGAUGACUUGCUCCCUGGAAAGGCUGACAAACAGGAACAUGAAGAAGUGAACCAGGACAAGGAUGUCGAUUACAAUUUAGAUGUAAAUGAAGCUGAAUCAGAAACUGACAAGCAAGCAGCACUUGCUGGGAUUGAAAAUGUUCAAAACCAUGAAGAUAUGAAGAACCACUUACCUGACAAUGGUGAAGGGCUGUAGAAGUUGUGAACAAAGGAAGUUCAUGAUACAACUGAGUCACCUCUUCACCUAAAUGCAGCCAUGAUCCAAGCAAAGUGAUCUUAGAAGGUUUUGAUUAUCUUCUAAAGACUUGACUAAGGGCCCAAACAAAGUAGUAUUUUCUUGUGAAGUUUUAGUCUUGUUGCAGUGAGGAAAAGAGGUAUAUCUCUGGAGGCUUGUUUCAAAGCAGUUUGGCCUGGGCAAUGACUUUCUCCUUCCUGUCAAUUAUAAAAUUGCAAUCAGGUAGCAAUAAAGUUAGUAACUUUGAAGUUGGCUACCUUAUAUGGUCCUACUGCAGUAAGCGUAUGUGUGGAUUAGUGGUAGAUGAUGAGCAGUCCUCUGCCAAGGAUGGAUCUCUCUGCUGAUAAAGCACAACUGUAGUCCUCAGAUACUAUGCAGAAUGAUAUAUGUACCUAGGCCUCUAAAUAAAAUUCCUAGAGUACAGUGUCGAGAUGUGUUCUUAGCUUCAAAGUUAAAAAAAAAACCAAAAAGGAUUCUGACAAUAGAAGCUUCUUGCAAAGAGAUUAGCCAGGAAGAUUUUUCUGAAAGUUUUGUUUGAUUCCACACAGUCAGUACUACAAUUUAGUUUGGUUACCACUACUGGGCACAAGUUUAGCGUAAAAAUUCAAACUCACCAUCUUCAUGACAGAAGCCCUCUGAAUUGUGUACUGCAACUACCCUUUAUUCCACCCGGCCGCUUUCUUUUGUGAAAAUAGAGGAAUGCAAAUGCUUGCCUUGUACAACAACAGCAAUGUCAUCUGUUCAACAUGACUAAUCUUCUCUGCUGGACUUCUGACAGAGGUAACCAGACUAUGCCUUCAGAAGACAAGGCAGCCUUCCAGAGGCGCGGCUUUAGUUGUUAUGAAGUUGUACGUUAAUUACAAUGUAUCAUCUUGUUAAUGUUCGGCAGUCUUUUCUGUUAAAUGUAAACUAAAAUGUAAACUAAAAACUAUUUUACAUCCUUAACUGCAGUCCAACAACCAUGUAUAGGCAGCUGGUUUGAAGAAAUUUUUAUAUUUGUGUCUGCUCCCAAGACUGACACCUGUAUUUGGAGCAUUGCUUUUGAGUAUUAACCAACCUCUAUCAAGACAGCACAGCUGCCAGACAGCUGUGACUAACUUGCCAAGCAGCAUUCCAUUUAAGAAAACAUAAAUUUGUCUUUGCCUUCCCUUAAAGCACUUCACUUUGUAACUCCCUUUUGUGGUGUGUCGUUCUUCAGUGUACUAGUAUAUCCUGUACCUUAAGAUAAGGCUGGCUCUUUUGUGUAUGAAGAGAGUAUUAGUUGUCAUGAAGUGAAGGUCAGAGUUAAGUCAAAAGAUGCCUGUUAAGCCUAAACACAGAAACAGUUCACUAACAGUUUUUCACAAUUUAAGUAAGACCUAACUGGUCUGGGCUACAAUCAACACAGCAGGGAAAACAUGCUUGUAAAUGGGAGAAGAGGAAUGAGCAUCUGUUCUGACAAGUAUUGGGAAGCUCUGGUUACUGGGAUAUUUUUUGCAAAUAACGACAUGUUUGAACAUCAAAGUGUUUACCAAUUUUCCUAGGAUUUAAUCUGUAAACAAUUAUGCAGCUGAGAUUUAAGUUGAUCAGGAAUUUAAUAUUGACUGUUAAAAAGCAUAUAUUCUAACAGUAAAAAAUAGACAGUGAAACACUAAAAUCAAGUUGUAUAAAUAGCUUUACCAGUACCAAGUUAAAAAUUCCAAAGAAUCAAACACUUAAGGGUAAUUAAUAUAUUGCCAGAGGAUUAUUUUAAAACUAAUUGUUUUGUCUAUGCUUCUGUACAUUUUUGAGCUUCUCCUGUCCUCCAUAUUUAUGGAAGACAACAACUGGAUGUUGUCCUUCAUAAAUAUGACCACCUCUGUACAAAGCACACUUGUAAACCUCUGAGGGCAAAGGGUCCGACAACAUGCGUAAGAGCAGCGUUCAAAAUCAAGGACUACAUUUUUUUUACAAUGACUUCAAGUGCUUCAAUCUAACUUGGGUGGUAGAUUUCUAGUAGGCAAGAGGCCUGUAUGUCUACUGUACAGAAUUUUAGAAUUAAAAGACCUGCAGCUGAACAAGAGAUUAAUUUUGAACUGUGGUGUACAUAGUGUUGUCUCUUACUGAAGUUUUUAGUUCUACUUUUCUCUAAGCAUCUUGGUGUUUUAUUAGCACUUUGGUUUGGUUUUCUUUACUUUACAAUUACACUUGAUCCAUUUAGGUAAGCAUUUAAAAGUAAUCUUUUCUGGUGUACUGGUGUUAUUUUGUACAAUUCAUCUAGUUCUAAUUGUAAUUAGAAGGGGAAAUAUUAUUAUUGCUAUUUUCUUGGUUCCACAAAUCACAUGUAAUUUGCUUUCUCUUUUACUCUGGAGAAAUAACAAAGGCUGUCCUUGAGCUACUGUCAUGUAGUUCAGAAUCUUUAAGAUGGGGAAGAUUUUGUGACUGUUUACAAGAAGCCAGAUGAAUGUUCUGUGCCAUUUUACCUCUGCAUAUUCCAGGUUUUUUAUUCCUUUGGCAGCUAUAUGGAAACAUUCAAGUGUAUUAAUCAUGACGAUAAGUAAACAUGUAAUGUGAUAUGCCAUCUCUUUAGCAGAGAAUUUGGAAAAAAACAUGUCUUCAGGACAGUACUUCUGCUUAUUUCAGGAAGCUGCAAAUUGCUGGAAGACAAGUGGAUGUUCCACUUCAGAGGUUACUCACUGUUUUCAAGCUCUAGUUCUGCAGUGCUGCUGCUCAGGGGAUGAAGCUGAAGUGAUAUUAACCCACAGUAAAAUCAGGUUAUAGGAUUAACACCAAAAAAUGUUUUGUAUGGCCAAUGUGGAGUUACGAGCUCAUCCCUACAGUGGACGUCACUGUACACCAAAAUGAAAAUAUGUCGUGUCCAACAGAGGAUUUGCUUGUAUGGCCUAAGUAUGACUUGGCCAGGGCCUGGUCCGCUUUUUGAACAUUUUUUCCUUGCUUGUAGCAAAGGAAAAACAUAUUUUCCUUGGUUGCAUUUUUACAGCUUACCUCUGUUAUUUCACAUCUGAAAGCUUGGAAGGCAUAACUAUUCCAGGAAGGCAGGGAUAGGUUUGGGGCUUCUCCUGUUUUGGAAAUCUACCUGAAAAUUACUACAGAAGACAAUAGGAUGGAGCAGCCCCAUUGCAGUCAAAAUGGCGAAUAAAGAUCAUGCAAAUGUAGCAAUCCCUUGUUUGCACCAGCAAAUACUAGGAUUGUAACAAAGUUGCAGAGUUGGUAAAAUAGAGUCUUCAGUGUCUGGUGCUAUUGCUAGUGACUACUGGAGUAUCUGCUGUGCAGAUUCUUCAGCACUUGGAGAACAAAGACGAAAAAUUCCAGCUGGGAAUCACUCACUCAAUUACUCAAUGACUAAUUUUCCUCUGCUCUUGUUCUCUAUAAAGAUCAUUUUAGCUUGGAGAACAUGGUGAAAAAAAAACUCCAACAUUUCUCUACUUUCAAAGUGAGCAAUUCUGAUACAAUUACACAAAAAUACAGGAACUCAAAAUUUCUCCAAGUGACUGCAAAUGCAGAAUUGCAGUAGCUUAGCUGUGCGCACCAGACAAGAGGCUCUAUUGCAUGAUUUUUAUUCAGUUCCUAAUGCACCACUUUGUCAGAACUCAGUAAUCAAAAAUAUUUAUGAUCAAAAUCUGUAAUAAUAUCAACUAAGAUACAAUGUUCUUUAAUACUACACUUGAUUAAAGUCAGCUUCACGCAUACAAUCCAAUAAACUUUAUACAAACCA